AUGUUUGAUCCGACAAAACCGCCCGAGCAGGGCGAAAACUGCCCAUUCUGCACCAUUGCCGCCGUCCACAGCGUCUACGACCCAGCAUCCCCUCCCGCCACCAUCGACAGCGAACUCACGACGCCCUCAUCCUUCCUCGUCCUCUCCACGCCUACCAUCAUGGCCUUUCUCGACAUCCUCCCCCUCUCGCGCGGCCACGUACUCGUCUGCCCGCGAACGCAUCGCCCGAAACUCACAGACACAACACCCCAAGAAGCCGCAGCGCUGGGCGAGCAGGUCCGCGUGCUCUCGGAAGCCGUCGCGCGCGCAACUGGCGUCCACGACUGGAAUAUUGUGCAGAACAAUGGUGCCGCAGCAGCGCAGGUCGUACCGCAUGUCCAUUACCAUCUGAUUCCACGGCCCGAGAUUCGCGCAAGCGGGCGCUUCAGAGAAAGCUUCACCAUGUUUGGGCGCGGGCAGCGCGAGGAGCUAGACGACGAGGAAGCUGCCAAGUUGGCGGCGGAGAUUCGCAAACAUAUUGCCGAUGUGAUCAGAGAGGAUAGAGGCGAGGUUGUGAUUAAGAGUAAAUUGUAA